AUGUCUCUACCAGAGUGUGCUCUGCCGUCCAGCUGGCCAGUCAUUGAGUUCGCUGAUUACGGAUGCUACUGUGGGAAGGGAGGCUCCGGAACUGCAGUGGACCAACUGGACAGGUGCUGUGAGACCCAUGACCACUGCUAUAAUGAUGCGAUGGCUCUACCUGCCUGUGCUUCUUUUCUGGACCUGGACAACCCCUACACCCACGGCUACAACUACCAGUGUGACCACGCCACUAAGACCAUCACCUGCCUGGCUAAUAAUGACGUGUGCCGUAUGUUCAUCUGUGAGUGUGAUAAGCACCUGGCCCAGUGCAUGAGUACGGCCCCCUACAUCAGCGCUCACUACCUCUACGACCAGGCGCUGUGUCACCAGCACAGCUGAACCCCAGGCCACACACACACCCCGUGGAGCGCACACACACACACAC